UUAAAAAAAAAGUGAGUGUGCGGUCUGACUUUGUGCUAUGCUGGUUGUGUGUCCACUAGGUGGCGGUAAUACAUUCCGCCUGCUGAAAUCUCUCUAUGACAACAAGCUGGUAACUGAGAUUAGAAAUAGAGUUUUAGAGGAUGGGAUACCUUACAUGGGAUCAAGUGCAGGUACCAAUGUCUCCACCAUCAGCAUCAACACCACCAAUGACAUGCCCAUCGUCUAUCCACCCACAUUUGCUGCCAUUGGUUUAGUGCCCUUCAACAUUAACCCUCACUAUGUGGAUGCUGAUCCCAACAGCAAGCAUAUGGGGGAAACACGUGAACAGAGAAUUGUCCAAUACCACGAGGAGCCCGACACACCAUGUGUGCUGGGUCUUCGGGAAGGCUCAAUGCUCAUAGUGGAGGGAAGCAAAGCCACCUUAUUAGGGAGCACCAAAGCACGACUGUUCCAGAGGGGGAAGCAUACUACGGAGUAUGAACCGGGCAGUGAUCUCAGCUUCUUACUGACAGAUGCACAGUGAGCUGCUACAUUAUGUGCAAUGCAAACAUUUUUACAAUAAAUGAUAAAAUCCACAAUUAAGUUUUUGUUUC